AUGUGGGCAAUCUCUAGAUCUCCUUGCGAAGUCUAGAGAUUAAUGAAAUGGGUCAUCGAAUCAUCUCUGGUGGCUGUCACCCGACAGAGUGGAAAAACAACGACUUUACAGCUCUCCAGCGGUUGUCACUUGACGGAAUGGAGCCGGAUGGAGGUGGGGCGCAUGUCAAGGAGCUUCAUCCUCAGGUCCGCACAACAAGAGGAGGCUUCAUCGCAUUUGGUACGCUCUCAAGAGGUGGCGACUCAUAUCUUGGUAGAUCGUCCUCUUCCCGACGACGGCUUGUUCGUCAAUCAAUUGGAGAUGAUUUCCUCGAUAGAUUUGUGAUCUUUUUAUCGCGAAUCAUUCAGUAAUUUUAGUAGCAAUGCUCUGUGAAUCGCGUUGAUGAGAUUUUCGCUGAUGAUCUAGUAAUUCUCGUUGCUUAAUGCUUCACCGACAAUCUACAGGAAAGUUACAAUAAUCAGAUAAAAAUAUAUAACUUUUGACUCUAGGAGGAUUCGAACCCGCCCCGGUUGCCCGCCCUUUUUGAGAAAGGUGUGAUGCGAAUUUAGUCCCACAUCAGUUGUGCGCCAAUUUUUCGGGUGAAUAUAUACUAAUGUUACAUUUCUAAGCAAGUCCCUUCCCUCACGUGUAGGACCACUCCUUGCCCCACAACUAGCCGGCCACUGGUGACAUGGAAGGGGAGUGGUGCACACGUGCCCUUAUCGAUUCAAGCCGCUCAAGCCUUUGCUCGCAGUUACUCCCUAACUAAGCUUCCGACCCACUUGAGGGCUCGGUUGGCUGGCGGGUCCCCCUCAUUUUAUCUUAUUUUUAGUUUUUAUUUCUUUUUCUUCAUUUAUCACAAAAGCAAGAUUAUAAAAAUCAUAUAAAUUCGUGUAAAAUCACAUAAUUACCCAAAAAAUUAUAUUAAUCAACUGAAAACCACUUUUCACACUUUCACAUAAAUAUAAGUCUAUUUAUCUUGAGUUAAGGCUAAAACUAUAUUAUUUACUAAUUAUUAACUCAUAAUAAUGAAGACUUAUCAACAUCACUAUUACAAUCUCGAAACUUUGUUCUACUAUUUUUCAACUAAUUUAAUUUUCACCAUCAUUUUCUUGACUUUAAAAAGAAAUCUAACAAAUGUCUAAGUCAUCCAUGUCUAAGGAGAGCCUUUGAGGUUGUAGACAUCGUUCAAUAAUCCUUAUGAACAUAUAGGAUUCUAAUGAUCGUUGUCACAAGGCUAGAACUUUGUCAUUUCUACUUCCAACUUAAUUUUGACUUCAUUUAGUGACACUUGAUGUGAUUUGAAGUCUCUAAAAUAUUAUUCAUUCAUUCAAUUACGAUUCUUUUGACUUUUAUAUAUCUUAAUUUGACUAAUUAAUUUGUUUGUAAUCGCUUAUGUAAAGAUUGUCAGGUGGAACUCUAUUUUUGCUUGAUUUGUAUUCGUUGAGGCACUGAUAUCAUCUUGACAUUUGCACCCUUUUCAAAAAAAUUAGAUAUAUUUUAUCUUCAUUAUUGAGUCUAAAAGCCAUUAAAUUAUUUAUAGAAAAUUUUGAAAUAUUAUCCGAUAUUAUAUUACAUCUUAUGAUCAACUUAGAAAUUAUCCACUAUUUUUAAAAACUUUUAUCAAAUCAUAAUUGAUUUAUUUGUCCUAAAAUACUUUUAAAAAUCUAAAAAUUGAUAUUUUCUAGUUUUAUAAAUUUUAAGUUUACAUGAUUUAUUAUAUAGCUAUUGAGUCACGUCAAGGCCUAACUAAGUAUGUCUUUAUACUCAUUGGUUUAUAGUUGUAGAGUCAUAUCACCAUUAAAAGAUGAUGUGAAGCUAAAAGCACUUGCUAGAACCAAAUUACUAAUAUUUAUUCACCUAAAGUGAUCAAUAUGUUGUAGUUGAUAAAGCAGCUUAAAUGCACAAAUGUAGCAUACAUUCAGGCUCUUAGAGUUGUGAAUCUAGUGUAGACAAGCUGAUUUCAAGUAAUUAGUAGUUAUAUGAUUUGUAGAUAAUAGAACCUAAAGAAGAUGCUUCUAAAUAUCAUAGUAGCUAAGUGGACUAAGCAACUAUAAAUUAUGUGACUCUUAGUUAAUCACCCUAAUGAACUAUAGAGAGUCUAUUUACUUGAAUGGUGGUCCUCAUCAAUUGCAUUAGAAAAGAAAAUUAUUAAUGGAAUCCUCAAAAAACAUUCUUAUAUUUUUGGCCUAAUAAAUUCAACUAAAUAUAAUUAAAUUCUUAUACCAUGUUUCCUUUCAUGUGAGCUUCUCUCCAGAGGGUUUCUAUCUGAAACUUUACUCAUGCUUAUUUAAUAUGACCUCGUGACCAAGUAUAACCUAUUAGUCAAGGAAUUAUGCACCACUCUAACACUCAUUAAGAAUUACUACAUUGUAAUAAUGGAAUGAAAGCUAUCAAAUGGAUGUCUUUAACAUGGUGACUAGUGAACAACAAAUGGAACAUAGCAAACAUUUCAUUGAUAAAAGAAAAUUCAAAAUUCAAAUAGAGAACAAUGAAUAGAUGACCAACCAAUUAAUAAAUAACUAAUUUAAGAGUCCAAGAACACCUAUUUCAUGAUGAUUUCUACACCUUUGCAACAAUAAUAAAUUUCUUCCAUGUUGAAAAUGUAUUUGAAAUCUUUUAAAGUGCUUGAGUUGUGAGAAGGACAUAUGAUUUCAAGUGGACACAUAAUUUUGCAAAUAAGUUCUUGUAUCAAUGGUUGUAUUCUAUAAUUUAGCUAAUUAUAGUCUUAUCUGCCAACAAGGCCUAAUUGAGCAUGUCUUUACACUCAUUGGUGGUUUACAAUUGCAAAGCCCUAUCACCAUGGGAAGAUGAUGUAAAGCUAAAAGCACUAGUAUUUAUUUGCCUAAUGUGAUUAAUCUGUUGCAAUAGACAAAUCAGCCUAAAUGCACAAACAUAGCUUGUAUUCAGACACUUAGAGUUGUGAAUCCACUGCAAACAAGCUGAUUCUAUGUACUUAGUAAUUUUAUGAUUUGUAGAUAAUAGAACCUAAAUAAGGUGCUUCUAAAUAUUAGAGUAGCUAAGUGGACUGAACAAUUAUAAAUUAUGUGACUCUUACUUAAUCACCCUAAUGAACUAUAGAGAGUCCAUUUACUUGAAUGAUAGUCCUCAUCAAUUACAUUACAUCAAUUUUUGUCAUUUCAAGUUGUCAAAAAUUGAAAAAUUCAGUGUCCACUCUUAGUAUUUGUUCAUUCUAUAAGGCCGAACUAAAUCAUGGUAGAAAUGAUUAUACACCAAACCUUUAUGGGACUUGAAGGUGAGUACUCUAUGACCACCUAUUUGAGAGUAGUUUUGUAAAGGCUGGCCCGAAGUUGCAUUAUAACAUCAUUGAUUAUAACAAUUGUGGCUAGCAUGAUUGUUAUGAGCUCUUGUGUCAUGUGCUUUAGAAUAUCAUUAAUUGUUUCAUCCAUAUCCUCACCUUAAUCUUUACCCCUUCGAUCUCAUGGGAAAUUGGGGGCUCUAUGUAUUCAAUGUUGAAAUUUUCAUGGCAUUUAUUUGUGUUGAUUUGUAAAGUCAAUUAUCAUGACAACACAAAUAUUUUCUGAUAUCAUAAAGUUCAUGAAUAGUUAAAAAUAUAGUUACAUUACUUGAGACAAAGUAUUUACAUAUUGUACAAAAUUGUGGUCAUGUAUAUCAUUGUGGCUUUUUGUAAUAUUUGGAGUAGAGGAGUUUAGACAAAUUGUACUAAGACAUAAAGGAAAUAAGAAAAGUAAUUACAAUGAGACAAUGUAUUGUAAAAUAAAAACUAAUUACUAUUUGUAGAAAACUUACUAAAAUGGCUGCAAAUAGCUAAUUCACUUUUACUAGAUGCCAUUGACAUCAUGGUGUAGCUAAUAAAUAGGUACUUUACUUAGAUAUUAGUUAACAUAUUUCCACAUGGAGGUUCAAGUCAGGAAAUAAUAUCAUUCCAGCAGCUAUGAGUAUUUACACACCCUCUAGAUGCAUAUAUUCCAUCUCUGCUAGUCUCACCUCGGUUUUGGCCUCCUCACGCCAAGUACACAUGCUCUUCUUGCUUCCUCUUCGACGUGGUGGAUUAUCGGGAGCCUCCAUCUACAUGACUGAUAUCCACUCUAUGAGUAUUUAAACACCCUCUCGAUGCAUAUAUUCUAAGAUUGAGAGAAAAUAGAUUUGACAAGGACAUUUGAAAUUUUAUUUUCUCGCCGUUCUUAUUCCUUAUCUAGUGACUCCCGACUAGUUGUGGAGAGUAAAAAUGCAGAACAAAAAUACAUGUAUCCUCGAAGAGAAGCCAUUAAGGUAUUGGAAAUAGUGCAAGCCUCACAAAUAAGAAUAACUUCUUCACAAAGUCUUCAUUCGUUAUCAUUUAAGCAUCAAAACCUACUUCACCAAGGUUGACUAAGGUUACUCAAACAAUUAACAGUUAUUGGUUGUGCAAGAGAUAAAGAAAACUGUCUGUAAAAAAUAAAUUUUCGAAAUGUAUAGGUACUAAUGUGUCGAUAGAUAUAUUUAAAAGAUGCAGACGAGAUUCGUCGAAAACAGCCUUCACCUUGGAACGCUCUCUCUCUCUCUCUCUCUUCGAGUCUCUCCCUCUAUAUAUAUACAUAAAAAGAUAGAGAUACCUAUAUACAUAUGCAAUUAGGAGUAUCCGUCUCUUUGUCUGUGCGCGUGUGUUUGGGUCGUAUCCUUUCUUAACGUCCGGGCUUCCCGUAAGUGUUGCGAAAUUUGUAAGAAAGUAAUGAACAAAUACAGACCAUCCGCUUUCAAACCCAAGAAACUCCCCGGGCCCCAUUCCUUUAUGACGUUCAAACGUUCGCCUUUUAACGAAGAAGAAUAAGAAUAAUCAUAUGGGAAGACUUCGGCCGGAAUCCCCAGAUUGUGUUGUCAACCCGUCCAGCCAUCCACGCCGGGUCAGCCGCGGCGCCGGUGUCCGUAGAUCCUCACAGCCUCGCCACGAUUUGAUCUGCGGGGCGGUCGAGUCCGGGGAUGCAUUCCGAGAGUGCGGCCACGAGCCUUCUCACGUCUUCCGAAGAAUGCCCGGACGUCAGGGUGACCCUGAGCCUGGAAGGCGCAAAAAUCAUCGACUAGGGUCAGGGCUACUGGAAGAAGGCGGUGUGGCAGGAAGAAUGACGGGAGAGGAAGGCAGGGGGAAACGAGAACUCACCGGCAGGCGUCGGGGGCGACAGCCGGCGGUCUGACGGCGAUGAUGUGGAAGCCACGCUCCAGCAUGUGCUUGCUGGCAUAGAUAGCGGCGUCCUCGGUGCCGACCACCAGCGAAAGGAUGGGGCUGGUUGCGGGGUGCUUCGUCAACGCCGCGAAUUCCUGCACUCUGUUCCACAGCGCUUGCCUGCGCCAGGCCUCCUUUCUGGCCACCGUCACAGCAGCUGCAGGGGAUCAACGCGCGCAGACGCAAAAUCGCGUUAAAUAUGCCACGGUGGGAAGUGGUGAUAAUGACGCGGUUAAGUCUAUGUGAAUAAGAAGGACGGACGACUAAUGGCGGAAGGAAUGGAUGCGGUGAUCAGUACCGUAGGCGCCCGCGAUGACGGGUAAGGGGGAAGCUGUGGUGAAAAUGUAGGGACGGCCCGUCGUCCGGACCAGGUUCGACCAUUUUUGGCUGCAGGCCACGAAUCCGCCCAGGCAUCCCCCGGCCUUGCUCAGCGUCCCGACGAUGAUGUCGAUCUGAUCUUCGAUGCCGUAAACCUCUCCGAUACCGCCGCCAUUCCUCCCGCACACAAAUGCCGUAUGCGCCUGUAACGCGGGGGGGAGGGUCAAUCCGGAUCCAAGGAGGGAGACGGUAGAGAAGACGGCCCCGACGCCCAGAGAACACAAGGCGGAUGACUCACUUCGUCGAUGACGAACAGGAACCGGUGCUUCUUCCGGAGUUGCACGAGGUCGAGCAUCGGCGCGAAGUCCCCUUCCAUGCUGAACAAACUGCUUCCAUGCAAAGAAACGAGGAGGCUUCUGAGCGCCGAAACUUCACAGGACCAGAAAGAAGAAGACGUUGCCGAACGCAGAUCGUUCUCCGCUUAUCAAUUCAGUCUGCGUUACCUGUCCGUGAUGACCACCUUCCUCUGGACAGGGCAGUUUGAGAGGAGUUCGUCCAGAUGCUGCAUGUCGCUGUGCCUGUACACGGACACGACGGCCUGAUUAUGCCGCUCCAUCAUCCGGAGACCGUCGAUUAUGGAUGCGUGGUUCAAGGCGUCGGAGAACACGGCGAUCUUCUCGUGCGCCGCCGGCCUCCUCGACGCCGCGUUAUGAGUGGCGACGGCUCCCAGCGCCGCUAGGAAGGCCGUGUUUGCGGCGAAUCCGGUGGGGGUUACGACGCACGCCUCCUUCUUGUGCAUCUCCGCCAGGACAUUCUCCAGCCGCCGGUGGUACUCGGUCUGCCCACUGGCCAUAGCGGACGAUCGCGGACCCAUCCCGAACGCCAGAGCCGCCUGUUCGAUAUUUGUGUACAGAAUCGGUCACCGACUACCGCGACGCGUGACGGACAUUAUUGUGCCUCCAACGGGAGCGAGUUCGAAAGCCUACCUUCGCCGACGCCUUGCGGACGGCCGGAUGGGUGCUGAGGUUGAGGUAGUCGUUGGCGGAGAAGAGGAGCAUCCGGUUCCGAGCCGGUUCGCCGUCCUUCGCGGGGGCCCUGGGGUCCUCCACUUCCACCUCCAGCAAGGUCCGGUCCCAAGGCCCGGGGCCGUCAAACGUCUCGACGUCGGCCAGAGGAUCCUCCUCGGCGCUGGGCUUGGCAAGGCACACCUUGGGCAAGUAGCUCAAAAAGUUGUUAUCCACCCUCGCAAAUGCCCUGACCACCCACUCUUCCCACAUCGCUUCAACGGACGCCAUGCCUACUCGUCGCGCGGGUUAGCGGCAGAGGAUCGCGUACUGGACGCCUUCACGGCCGGGGGAUUCCGGCGAGAUAGGAAAGAGUUGUGGCUCGAUGCAGGCGUUGAGCUCCGGUUGGUUAGGAACCUUUGCCCGUCCUUCCCCCUUUAUGUAGGAGGAUGUCACCAUAUGUGGCCGGGACGUGGACUUGCUCGGCUCCGCGGUCCAGCAUCUUCGCUGGUUGAAUAGCGGCGACCUAUCGCUUUCCGGACGCCGGUGUUGAAUCCCGUCCAGUCCACUUUGGACGGGGACGCCGCUUUCGUUGCCUGAAAGCCGUUCGCCAGUGUUGACUCCCGGAACAUUGCGGUUCCUUAGCCUUGUGACUAGGAGACGGGGAUACCGGAUCUUCGGAACCCCGUCGGUACAACCUGUAAAGCCAGAGAGAGAGAGAGAGAGAGAACCGGUCGAAGCCUAUCAACAGUGUAAAAAAAAAAAAGACAGCUAAGAAAAAUAAAGAAGGAAAAUGAAAAAAAUGUGGAAAGGGGGAAAGUCUUCGGGUAUGAACGGAGACCCCCGACUCCUCGCUUGGCCUGAUGCAAUAUUUCCACGAACGACGGACAUGACGGCCACCCGUCAAGGUCACAAAUGGCCAGCGCAACCUCUGAGUCCAGCAGAUGUGACCAAGUUUUCUGGACAUAAUUCAGUUGGGAAAAAUAAUUGGGCUGCGUCGGGCGUUGGAUGUCUAUUUAUCCGCGACGAGUCACAUCGCAAGUCGCAGAUCUCCCCGUCUCUCUCACACACCGUUGAAUUCGGUGAGUCGGGGUUCGCAGGGUGUCUAAUAUGGAACCCGUUCUCUGAGUUUCUCUGAGUUUUUGCCCAGGCUCUCGCUCCUUCUAGCCUAGCCAAGGCGGCCAGAUCGCGCUGGGCUCCACAACACCACGGCUUAGCCAGUCCCGGUAGCAUCCCCAGGUCAGAAAACGGACAUGCGAAUGAUUUUUCUCUGCCACGGGGAGGUAGCCGCAAAUCAUUUUUUACCUUCCGAUGUGAGUUAAGUUAUACCAAUGCGAGAGAGUCAUCUGCACAGCUGUGAUGGUCAUUUUUCUAGUCCACGAGAUGCACGACAAUCAUACCUUCGCCGUCUAAUUGUCGACAAAAUGCCAUUUCUCACCGUGGAUUGCCACGGGUGAUACUUCUGUAUGUUAAGACUAUGUCGUAAUGUAGUAUAAUUCAUCAAGGUGAGUAUGUCCAUAUAUGAAGCUUGGGUCAACGGAGAACACAGUACGUCAUAGUCAGUAUUUCGAAAUCCAAAGUUCAUAUUCCCUAGAAGCACAUUGGGCUAAAUCAAAUGCUUAAAAAUAGGAAGUUUACAUUGUAGGACAAUGCAAUGCGUCGAGGUUCAUUGCAGUGUAUUGCAGAAGUGUGCAUUGCAGAAUUGAUAGGUACUUCAAGGUUAAUAUUUCAGCGUAUCACAUUUACAUGGACACUUAUUAAGAGUCCCAUCAUAUAUGAAGCUUAGUAUAUCAAUAUAUAAUAAGUUAUGCUCCAGAAUAAUGAAGUACUCUGCGUCUAGUAUUGCACUAUGUGAAAAUGGCAUUAGGAAUCAAAAGUAUCGACCUCAGGAGUGGUAUGUAACAACAUACAACUCCUGAGGAUAAUAACAUAGAAUUGAGCUGUGUAAUAACAUAAUAUACUAUGUAGAAUGUCUCGGCACAUGACAUUUAUUAACACAAGAUCGGGGCCUAAUCUAGACGCAGCCUGCCCACUAGAAGACUCAAGCAUGGUACAGGCAGCUUUGGGCAUAGAGGGCCACCAGAGAUUUCUAUUCACCCACCCGGAAUCUGAAGAUUUCUACUAUUAUUAGCGGGCUCGCCCUUAAUGAGCUUUCCUUUAUUUUCCUCGCUUCAUUCUUUUUCGUAAGGCCUUUAAAAAGUCCAUCCCAUCAUCAUUAGGGAGACAAUUAGUGAUUGAGAUUCAUUUACCUUCAUGAAAGCUCCGCCACCUGCUGCUGGUUGUGAGACCCCGUCACCACAGUUAGGAUGGUCAUGAAGACCCUGUCACCCCAGUAGGGUUGGUCGUGAGGACCUUUUGCUCCCGGUUGGAGCUUUAUUGCCCCAUUCAUCGCUGUUGCCACCAUUAUGCCGUCCAUUCACCUCCGCCGUCUCCCUUCGGCGCUGCCGUUCCACCGUCUCCACCGCCUACACCUUCGUCUUUCGUCACCAUCGGUGCCCCACCUUCCGGCAACCUCCUGUAUCGCCCUCUCUCUCUUGCCACCUUCAUUUCACCCGGCACCGCCACCUACGUCUUGGAUCACCGAGUCAGCCAUCAGGUCCGGCACUCACAAGACGGUUAGCACAUAAAAUCCGGCGAGCCACUUUUGGGCUGCCCACCCCACAGGCCUAUGACCAGGAAGGAUUCCUCCCGUCACGCCCACCGGGUUGCUUCUGGAUCAAAUCCGAAUCCGCUAGGUAGGUAUAAUAAUUUCGAGCCGUAGACGACUAACAACAAGCCUCUGUUUGCCCAACGUCCAACGUCCUCUACACAGUCAAUGGUCAUUAGUCUACUGGUCAAUAGUCAAUGACUCCAUAUUACACUCUCGUGUCAAUCGUCAAUAGUACUGGUCAAUGGUCAAUGAUUGACUUUCUCUGACCCAAGUCUCUCUAGUGUCUCUUUUCCUCGACUAGUUAUCUUGUUUAUUACACUUGAUAUUCCCUGCUCUCUUAAUAUAUUCUUCUUAUCAUCUUCACCACGAGUGAUCUAUAGGAUAACUAUCAUUUCCAUAUUGUCCCAUCCUUUCUCUGUGAUAAGUUAGAUUUGCAUUGUUAAUUACAAGCGCCCUAUGUCUCAUGGUUUGCCAAAAUCGUCUGGUCUUAACCUCCCUUCUCUAACUGUAGAUGAUUUUGAGCUAGAAUCAGAUUUCUAUUUCUUCUAGGUUUGAUAGCAUUUGUGAUUUAUAAACGUUUAUUUGAUCUCUUUUAACAUUCUCAUUAUUAUCCCCAUCGUUUACACUUUGACAUCCAUUGAAAUGUGAGUCCAAUAAGUGACAUUAUAUGCAGCAAUAUAAAUCAUAUGCCAUUACAUUAAAUUACACUUCCAAAUCAACAUGAAAAAUUAUUUCUAUUCAUGGCCCCUAUAGGAUGGAAAAGGAAAUGUUGAAUUGAUCAUAUUCUAAGUUUGACCUUGGUGAAAUUUUCAUACAAUCCUUGAUCCUUAAUCAUAUGCUGAAUCUAAUUCUUAACAACAUUAUAAAUUUUAUAGUCAUUUACCUUUUUCCUAUGCCCGUGUUCUUAGAAGACCUUGUUCUUGUGUUAUACUUGAACACUUUCAAUAUUAACUAUCAAUUAACAAGCUCAACCCCCAUAGAAUCUGAACCUAAAGUUUCUUAUAAAUUCACGACCUUAGCUGGGCCAAAGCUGACUACAAUGCCGAUCAAUAUUAUGUGACUAUGUCAACAGAUUUAUUUCACUAGAAGAACAAAAGAGAUAGUGUAUACCAUUUCUGAGAAUUUGAUGAAGAAUUAAAUCGCAUCUAAAAUGUCAUAAAGAGAACUUUAUUGUGCUUGACUUCUUCUCUAUGUGUCAAGAAGUUAUAGAUUUGAAGAAGAUAAUGCCAUUGAAAUAAAUCAAGAGGACAAAUAUUAGUUUUCUUUAGUAAAUGAAGAAUCUUUCCAAAAGUUUACUGUUGGGCCCAACUUUAAAUCCACUCAAAUGUACAUAUAAAAUAUUGAAAAAACAUUAGAGCUAUUUUUGAGAUGAUAGAGUAGUGCAUUUGGCCAUUGAAGGGUUGAAUUUAUAGAGAAAUUUCACUCAAGCCUUUUCCCUAUUUCAGAUAUUAUUCAACAUUAGCAUCUUAAAAAAAGCUAGAGCUUUGAUGGGUGAAAACUAGGAUGGCACAUUCUUUAAUAGUUCAGAUAUCUUCUAUGUUUGAAACAAUACUAUAGCCAUUGAGUUUUAACAUACUUAUUCCCAAUUAUCGAUUUCAUCUUGACCAAUAUGAAUUCGUUUCCUCAACAUAAGGUGUUAAAUAUGAAACAAAGUUAAUUUCAAAUUAUUACAAAUCGAUUAUAAGUCCUCAAAAAUUACUUCAAAUUUUCAUAUCAAUAUUCAACAUAAUUACUUAGGUAACAUAAGACAUUCCAAAUGUGUUUUCAAUUUAAAUUCAAAAUAAUCAAAAAUAUCAUAAAAGUCUCAUAAACAUCUGUUUAAUGAAUUAUGUAUAAAAAAUUAUCUAAAAUGAGACUUUUAAAUCAAGAACAUCUAGUAUACUCUUUAAACCUGAAGAUUAAACUUCACUUCAAAUAUUAACAUAAAAUUUAGUGACCAAGUCUUUACUUUUUGCUAGAACUAUUUUAUCAUAAUUAUUGGGACUUUCUAUAGUAUUAAAUAAUGUAAUGAUUUUUUAACUAUCAUGUGGAAAAUUGAUAACAUUAUUAUGUAAUCUCCAUUCAUUUUUAAUUGUUUUAUUUCAAAUUGAUAUAAAAAAUAAAGCCUGUGAAAAUAAUUACAUCUUUUUUUUGUAUUUCUAUCAACAUAAACAUUUUGAUAUAUUUGAUUGCCCUUGAUACAUCAUCAACCACUCUUAGUGUUUUGAAUCAAGGGAAGAAUUACCUUGACACCUUCGUUUCCUAUGAGUAUAUAUCUGUUCGAUAGUAGUAUCGGACUCCCAACCCACUAGGCCCCAUUAUCUAUCUAUCUCUCUCUCUCAUCUCUCCUCUCUCCUAUAUAGGAGUCAUGUAUUGUAUCUUGAAGCUACAUGGAUUUCAAUAUUUUUCCCUCUCAUCUCAACAUAGUAUCAGACCCUUAGGUAUCCCUCGUCGUCCUCCUAGCCUCAAGUGCACUGCCCAUCUCUAGUGCACUGCUCUUUUCCUCAGGCGGCUCUUCAACAUCACUACUCUUCCCUCUUUUGACGCCGUCAUCUCUGCCAUCACUUUUCUUCUCCUUUUGGCGCCACCAAUGAUCUACAAAGUCAUUAUUUUUAACUUUGUCAAGUGACAAUUAUUACAGAUGAUUUAUUAAUCUACUAUAUUGAUUUCUAAACUUCACAAGAAGAUCUAAAGAUUACCUAUAUUGUCUCUAUCUAAAGAGAGACUUUAAGGUUAUGAACAUUAUACGAUAGUUUUCUCAAAUUUUCAAGAUUCUAACACAUCUGACAUGACUUAGUCGUUGUAUAUUAAAUCAUGUAAAUAUUAAAUUUAUAAAACUAGAAAAUAUAAAUUUUAAGAUAUUUAGAAAUAUUUUUGAACAAAUAUAUCAAUUAUAAUUCAAUAAAACUUCCAAAAAAUAGCGAUAAUUUUCCAAGUCAAUCAUAGGGAUGAAUAUAAUAUCUAGUAAUUAUUCAGAAUGUUUGUCAAUGAAUACAAUUUUCUAUGAAUUUUAUACUAAGAAAUGAAAAAGAAAUAUAUUUAAAAUUCACAAAAAGGGGAAAUAAGGGUGCAGAUGUCAGAAUGACGUCAGCGCCCAACAAAUGCGAAUCGAGUAGAAAUAGAGUUCCACCUAACGAUUCUUACAUAAGUGAUUACAGAUAAUUUAAUUAAUCAAAUUAAGAUCUGUAAAAGCUAGAAGAAUCGUAAUUGAACAAAGUAUAUUUUGGUAAAUUAAAAUCACACAAAUUAUCACUAAAUGAAGCGUAAAGUAAGUUGAAAGCAAGAAAACAGAGUUCUAGCAUUGUGACGGCAAUGGGUCGGCGAUGCACUAGAAUUCUAAGCAUUUGAGAGGAUCAUCAUAUAGUGUCCACAACCUCAAAGGCUCUCCUUGGACAAAGACGAUGUGGGCAAUCUCUAGAUCUCCUUGCGAAGUCUAGAGAUUAAUGAAAUGGGUCAUCGAAUCAUCUCUGGUGGCUGUCACCCGACAGAGUGGAAAAACAACGACUUUACAGCUCUCCAGCGGUUGUCACUUGACGGAAUGGAGCCGGAUGGAGGUGGGGCGCAUGUCAAGGAGCUUCAUCCUCAGGUCCGCACAACAAGAGGAGGCUUCAUCGCAUUUGGUACGCUCUCAAGAGGUGGCGACUCAUAUCUUGGUAGAUCGUCCUCUUCCCGACGACGGCUUGUUCGUCAAUCAAUUGGAGAUGAUUUCCUCGAUAGAUUUGUGAUCUUUUUAUCGCGAAUCAUUCAGUAAUUUUAGUAGCAAUGCUCUGUGAAUCGCGUUGAUGAGAUUUUCGCUGAUGAUCUAGUAAUUCUCGUUGCUUAAUGCUUCACCGACAAUCUACAGGAAAGUUACAAUAAUCAGAUAAAAAUAUAUAACUUUUGACUCUAGGAGGAUUCGAACCCGCCCCGGUUGCCCGCCCUUUUUGAGAAAGGUGUGAUGCAAAUUUAGUCCCACAUCAGUUGUGCGCCAAUUUUUCGGGUGAAUAUAUACUAAUGUUACAUUUCUAAGCAAGUCCCUUCCCUCACGUGUAGGACCACUCCUUGCCCCACAACUAGCUGGCCACUGGUGACAUGGAAGGGGAGUGGUGCACACGUGCCCUUAUCGAUUCAAGCCGCUCAAGCCUUUGCUCGUAG